AUGAACUCUCCGAGUGCCCUCUGGAGCCUGUGGUUUCCAGCCAUGCCAAAGACACACUGGACCCGAAUAGCAGAGGAUGUAGACUCACCAUCUGCCACUCUGGGGGGAUUUUCCCCUGGAUGAAGUCAAGGAAAAUUGGCUCUAAACAGUCAACUUCAGCCAAGGACGGUAGGCCAUCUAGCGCUGCAGGCGGAGGAGAGAGGCGAGAGAGGACAUCCUUCACCAACAGCCAACUGCUGGAACUGGAGAAGGAGUUCCACUUCAGCCCCUACCUGCGACGCCACUGGAGACAAGAGAUGGCAGCCAGACUGCAGCUCACCGACCGUCAGGUCAAGAUCUGGUUUCAGAACCGCAGGAUGAAGCUUAAGAAGGAGCAAAAGUAUGGCAGGGCGACAGGUUUGUCCCAGGAUUCCCUUUGUGAGCUGCACAUGGGGCUCCCAGUAGCAUGUGCUGUCAGAACUUCCUUCUCCUCUUCCUUGGAAUCACACUCCAUGGAUCACACAAUGCUGUCUCUGUUUGACCCUGCAGACAUGUCCUAUCUAAACUGCAUGCUUCCAGCUGUUGCGAAUGGUCCACCUCCCUCAUACACAAAUACAGAAGGUCAUCAGAAAGUCAGCAUUUCAAACUGGCUCUGAGGCCCUAUAAAGGCCCUCUCUUCAGUCCUUAAACAUAUUUCUUCUCCUGUUCACCUUCAGCUACUUAUAAAAGACUGGAGGAUGUGUGAACAGCAUCCCAGGAAUGCCAUCUACUUACCACAUCCAUUCAUUGAAACAUAAAAUGAAACAUUUUAAUUAAACUAUAUGAGCACAUCUUAAUUAAAAGAGAGCAGUGCAAUAUUCUUUGUGUUUAUAGGCACAGCAAGGGAAGACUGCAUGUCUUUAAAAAUUUUGCAUGAAGGAAGAUUUUUGAACUCGUUAUACACGACUAUUCACAGCGCAUUCCAAAAGUAUUCAUACCACUUACAUCUUUUUCCAUAAAUCUUUAUGUACUUGGUUGGGAUUUUACACCAAUAUAAAGCAAUUUACAGUUGUGUGGCUGAAAGAAAACAACACUUGGUUUUCAAUCUUUUUUUUUUCACAGAAAAAUCCAAGCUCAAUUCAAUCUGAUAAUCCAAAAUAAAAUACUCCAAAUUGCUGUCAAAAUUAACAUAUUUUCAAAGCGAAGUAAUUUCAUUCUGUGAAAGCCUCAGAAGUGCGUUAGAGAACAUCAGUGAACAAACACCAUAAUCAAAAGUCACAGAAAACAUAAAAUUUCUCCGUAAAUGUUAUAGAUAUGGAUAAAUGUAAUAAAUGUUAAAUAUUCCAAGCUUUUGAGGUCUUGGAGAGCUCUAUCUAAUCCAUCAUCUCUAGAUGAAUCUAGAUCUUCCUGCAAACCAACCAAGACACGACCAUCCACCUAAAUGGUGGGCAGACUGGAAUAAAAUCAUAUCUUUAUUCCAGACACACAAGAAGGUCUGUAGUAAAAAGAUAAAACAAGCAAGAUAAUAAUAUAAAAAGAUAAAAAUAAACACAUAAUAUUGUUCACUGAGUCACCAAUAAAUGAAGACAGCAGUGGUUCCACAAUCUUGAGGUAAAUCUGACUGUCCUCAAUGCGGGGUUUGCUAAAAUUAUAUUAUUGCAUGACACAGAUAGUGUGUCAUGCAAUAAUAUACACAUGCAUUUUUACGUAACAUUUCUGAGCACAGCUGGACAUGUGGGUAUAGCCUUAUGUACAAACGUAUGGCUGUCACUACUUCAUGUAGGCACUGUAAGUAGUAGUCUCAUACCAUCAUUGUAGACCACGUAAAGUUUCUGCAUGCUGCGUCUUUUGUAUAGUCACAACAGAUGGGCAGUAUAUAGUGAAUCACAAAAUCCAUUGCAAGAUUUGGAAAUGGUGUUCACAGAUGCUCUCGGGCAGAACUUGAGCUUUGUUACAAAGAUGAAUGGUCAGAAGUUUCAGUCUUUUUAUAUGCAAAGCUGAUAGAGACAGAACCCAAAAAAAAACCUGCUGCUGUAAUUGCAGCUAAAAGUGGCUCUGCUAACUUUAGACUCAGAGGAGCCUGAAUACAAGCUAUGUAUUGUUUCAUUUUAGUUCCACUGUACUUAAAUAAAAUACGUUGAAGUGUGUGAGUGUAACAUGACAAAAUGUGCAAAAGUUGAACACACGUGUGAAUAUGCUUGGAAGCCCUGAAGUUACAGCAAGGAAAUAUUGCAGAUAUUAACUUUUGUUGCACGAAGGACAUUUUGAACAACUAAUACUGUUUCUUUUUAUGUUAUUUGUGUUGUUUUCCAAGCAAAUUUGUUGUUUGAAUAUCACUAGGCGGUAGUAUUUUUUUCAUAGCUAACUGUUUAUGUGAAGUGUUAAAAUUGUGAAAUGAGGAGAACAUUGUUCAUGUUUCAUUAUUUUUUUUAUUUUAUAGAGGUUGUUAUACAUUCAGUGAGUUUCCCCAUUAUUUUUGAUGAAUGUUUCCAAACUGAACAUGCUUAAUAAACACAUUUAGGAAAAUUGUAA